UGAAAUGUGAAUAUAUAAUUGAUGUUAAACGAAUUAAAGAAAUAUUAAAGAUUAAUAUAUGUAAUAUUAGGAGUACGAAUACAUAAUUGUUAAAAAAUGACUGACAUAGGACAGUGGUUUAAAAACCUUCCAAUUUUUACAAGACAUUGGUUAGGUUUAACUUUAGCUUUUAGUUUACUAGGACGUUUUGGUUUGUUAAAACCCGAAUACUUAUAUCUACUUAGUGAAAAAUUCAUAAAUGAGCUACAGAUAUGGAGACCAUUAACAGCAGUUUUCUAUUACCCCCUCAACCCGGCCACAGGGUUCCACUUCAUGAUAAAUUGUUACUUUUUAUACAACUACUCGCUUAGAUUAGAAACCGGUGCAUUCCAAGGACGCCCUGCCGACUACUUCUUCAUGUUGUUGUUCAAUUGGGCAUGUUGCGUAAUCAUAUCAUUAUUUAAGGAAAUGCCUUUGUUGAUGGAUCCAAUGGUGUUAUCGGUUUUGUAUGUCUGGUGUCAACUGAACAGAGAGGCUAUAGUUAACUUCUGGUUCGGCACAAGAUUUCCUGCAAUGUAUUUGCCUUGGGUUCUGUUGGGUGUAAACCUAGUUUUAUCAGGAGGUGGCUUCAUGGAGUUAUCAGGAAUUUUAGUUGGACAUCUUUAUUUCUUUCUCAUGUACAAAUAUCCAGAGGAAUAUGGCGGUGCACAGCUUUUGACAACACCUAGCGCCUUGAAAAAAUAUUUCCCAGAAACCCGAGGUGGUGUCUACAGUUUUGGAGGAAAUGCACCGCAGAACAUUCAAAGGCCGCAAGCACCAGCUGCACCGGCAUUUGGUGGACACAGGUGGGGUCCAGGACAACCUCUCGGAGGCAAUUAAAUAAUUACUCACAAGCCAUUCACAUAAAUAACUUGUCAUGAGUAUAUAAUUGUACUAGAAGUCAUUGCGAUAAAAUGGUUGUUAUUUUUUAUAACUAGAAUACAUAUUUGAGUUUAUAAUCAUCAUUUUAGCAUUUAUAUAAAUAACACCGGUCCGGUUAUAAC